AUGGAUUAUUGCACGGCGGGGCCGGCUCUGGCCCUUGUGCGACUCCGCCGUCCUUUUCUGCCGUGCUUGUUUUCGGCGAACGCGUUCCGUGGAGCGGCCUUUCGGGUGGCGGGCCCCGGUGAUCGCCAUGGAAACGCGCUUCAGACAGCAAAUGCGACGACAGAGGUCUCUUCACUGAGCUUCCGUCUGACACGCCAGGGGGCGCCGCUGAGAGCGGCGUUCCGCGAGCGGCACGAUCUACCGUCGGAUGAAGGGCCGCAGGGCGACGGCAAGGAGGCGCCGCGGAAGCGACGAAGGCGCCGCCGCGCCUGGACGGCAAAGGGACAGGUCCCUGACCAAGAUCUUGAGCCGUUUGUCUACGAGAGACGAGGAAAGCUCCCGACCGCCAAAGCGAAGCAGAAACUCAAGGAGGAGCCCCCCCGCCUCAGCUCAGGACUCACCUCUCUGCUGCACGUGCAUCAGACGCUCCUGACAGACAGGCAGCCAGCUCCGGUACACGGCAACAACCCCUUCCUGGAGGGUUACACGUGGGCGCCACCGCUGGCCAAGACGCCCAAGGAGCCCUUUCGCGGAAGCGACACCUCGGCUGGCGCGGAUGCUGGCGAGCCGCAGAUGCCGGACCUCGCGACGCUCUCGGGGCUCGCGGGCUCUGCGGCCUCGCCGGCGCUCGUGGCUGCCGUCCAAGAGGCGCGGAUCCGUGCCCUAGGCUCUGACGACGCCGCCUUUCGACCCGUGCCCCUGGGGCCGGCACAGAUCCCCGUGCCCGAAGGCGGGUGGGGCCGGCUGCAUGUGGUGGGCGGCACUCUGGGAAGGCGCCGCCUCAUGAUGCCGCGUGGCGGAGGCGUGCGGCCGAUGAUGGCGAAGGUGAAGGAGGCUUUAUUUGAUAUGCUUCGAAGAAUGGGCGUUUUCGGCUUCAUCGGCGAGCCACACUUGAGAGUCCUCGAUCUGUUCAGUGGGAGCGGCGCCCUGUCCAUCGAGGCCUUUUCCCGCGGCGCGCAGCGGGCGUUGCUCACGGACUCAAGCCUGGAUAGUUGCGAGGCAGCCGCCGUGAACGUGAAGUACUGCGGCGUCGCGGAUCGCUCUUGCAUUGUGAGGGCGUCGGUUGAGGAACUUCUUCUGGCCCCGGAGCGUUUCGCGAACCUGCCGGACCGGCUCGUCCAGCAAACGCAGCUGCUUCGUCGGAUCCGUGGCAUCUGCGAAGACGCCAAGAAGACAGCCACCGCGUCGCCGCCUGUGGGCUUGACAGCGAACACAAGGCUCUUGAAGCGGCUCGUGGAGGAGGCAGCGACGACGGAAAGGGAGCUAGGGAAAAUGCAUACCUACGGUUUAGUUUUCCUCUGCCCUCCGUACACCAAAGUCGUGUACAAGGAUCUCAUUCAGCUUCUUUUGGACUGCUGCAUCGUCGGCGACGACGCCAUUGUAGCGGUUGAGUAUCCGAAGGAGAUCGGCUGCCUGCCCUACGUGAUCAAAAGCGACACGUCCUCCGCGGGGUUGGUCGGGCUUCGGAAUCGCGCCUACGGACGCACAUGCAUCGCGGUCUACUGCAAGCAGAAACUGUUUUCCGUCACCGAGCUGAACCUCAUGCAGUUCGCCGCUCAGACCGCUGGGGAUCGGGGAGGAGACCCGCUGAGUGGCCGAGGCGCAGGCCAGUUGGGAGGAAAUUCGGAAGAGGCACACGGCGGGCGCAGCGCUGUGAGGCCGCGGGCGGAGUCUUCGCGAGCUGCUGUGGAAGUAUCAGACACGCAGGCCGCGCGCGGCAGUGCCAACGACGACGAGGCUGCAACGCGCGAAAGACUCCCCAUGAGCAGCCAGUGGUGUGGGGAGGAGCGCCCGCAUGAGUUCGUCCCUCUGGGCAUGCGCCGACAGCAACUCGUCGCCGAGGGAUGGAUCAAAGGGAGAAAGCGGGCGCGUGGCGACAAAACCCCGUUCCCCAAAGACGAGAAACGAGAUGUGCAGGCGUACACCAAUGGCGACUGA